AUGGUCGCCUUCAACAUUGGUUUAGGUAUUGUCUGCCUUGUGUCUGGCACGUCGGCCGGGGCACUUAGCGCGUACAAUGUUGACCCUAACUACGUCUCCGUAUCUGGCAUAUCCAGCGGUGGCUUCAUGGCAGCACAGCUUGGUAUCGCCCAUUCCAGUACGUUCUCCUCAGGGUUUGGUGUCUUUGCUGGGGGUCCAUUUGACUGCGCUCGUGCUCAACCGUACAUCACAUGUAUGUACAACAUGAAGCCAUCUAUCGUUGCACCAACUGCGAACAUGAAAUCAUGGAGUGGGAAGCAAAUCGACGACGUUGCCAAUCUUCAGAGUCGCAAGAUCUACAUGCAGGUUGGCUCAAUCGAUACGACUGUGGGCCCUGGGGUAAUGCAGCAACUAAGAACACAGAUAUUGGCGUUCGCUAAUCAGUCCGAAACCGCAUACAUCACUACCCCGGGGGCAUCUCAUACAUUUCCGACAGACUUUGACCAGUCGGGCAAUAAUCCUUGUGGCAUAGCCUCAUCACCAUACAUCAGCAAUUGUGGAUAUGAUGGUGCAGGUGCGGUCUUACAAUGGAUCUAUGGCAAACUGAACGCCCGCAAUAGUAAUAAAUUGGAUGGUCAAAUGAUCUCUUUCGAGCAACGUGGCUCUUACGGUGGACCGGGAAUGGAUAAUACCGGGUACCUAUAUGUCCCCAAGCGAUGUGUAGACGGCUCUACGGUAUGCAAGCUCCAUGUAGCGCUGCAUGGAUGUCUUCAAAGUCAUGACAAAAUUGGGACCAAGUUCAUUGACAAUACGGGGUAUGAUAAAUGGGCUGAUACAAACAAUAUGAUCAUUGUUUUCCCACAGGCAGUGACCGACUAUGCACUGCAUCCCAUAUGGGGAGGAAUGAUGGCUCCUAACCCCAACGCAUGCUGGGAUUGGAUUGGGUGGUACGGCGAUGAUGCCGAUCAAAAGGGUGGAGCCCAAAUGACUGCGAUCGUCAACCAAGUCAAGCAAAUUACCAGUGGCUAUAAAGGCCAGCGCUGA